AGUCCGGAGGGGGGGGGGGUGCGGAGCUCGGACGCCCGGAGACACGGAGCAGCGGCUCCCGGCCCGGCCAGCCCCGCGACGCCGCUGCCGCCGCCGAGAUGCUCCAGACCCUGUAUGACUACUUCUGGUGGGAACGGCUGUGGCUGCCUGUGAACUUAACCUGGGCUGAUCUAGAAGACCGGGAUGGACGUGUCUAUGCCAAAGCCUCAGACCUCUACAUCACACUACCCCUGGCCUUGCUCUUCCUCAUCGUUCGAUACUUCUUUGAGCUUUACGUGGCCACCCCAUUGGCUGCCCUCCUGAACAUAAAGGAGAAAACUCGGCUGCGGGCACCUCCCAACCCCACCUUGGAGCAUUUCUACCUGACCAGUGGCAAGCAGCCCAAACAGGCAGAGGUAGAGCUCCUGUCACGGCAGAGCGGGCUCUCUGGCCGCCAGGUAGAGCGCUGGUUCCGGCGCCGCCGCAACCAGGACCGGCCCAGUCUCCUCAAGAAGUUCCGAGAAGCCAGCUGGAGAUUCACCUUUUAUCUGAUCGCUUUCAUUGCUGGCAUGGCCGUCAUUGUGGAUAAACCCUGGUUCUAUGACAUGAAGAAGGUUUGGGAGGGAUAUCCCAUACAGAGCACCAUCCCUUCCCAGUAUUGGUACUACAUGAUUGAACUUUCUUUCUACUGGUCCCUGCUCUUCAGCAUUGCCUCUGAUGUCAAGCGUAAGGAUUUCAAGGAACAGAUCAUCCACCACGUGGCUACCAUCAUCCUUAUCAGCUUCUCCUGGUUUGCCAAUUACAUCCGAGCAGGGACUCUGAUCAUGGCUCUUCAUGACUCUUCUGACUACCUGCUAGAGUCGGCCAAGAUGUUUAACUAUGCGGGAUGGAAAAACACCUGCAACAACAUCUUCAUCGUCUUCGCCAUUGUCUUCAUCAUCACCAGACUGGUCAUCCUGCCCUUCUGGAUCUUGCACUGCACCGUGGUGUACCCACUGGAGCUCUACCCCGCCUUCUUUGGCUACUACUUCUUUAAUUCCAUGAUGGGAGUGCUACAGCUGCUACAUGUCUUCUGGGCUUACUUCAUUCUGCGCAUGGCCCACAAGUUCAUAACUGGAAAGCUGGUAGAAGAUGAACGCAGUGACCCGGAAGAAACCGAGAGCUCAGAGGGGGAGGAGGCUAUAGCAGGGGGAGGAGCAAAGAGCCGGCCACUAGCCAACGGCCACCCUGUCGUCAGUAACAACCAUCGUAAGAACGACUGAACCAUUGUCCCUGCUGCCCCUCAGAUUAAUGCGUAAAGCCAAGGAACUAGUCCCUCCUCCCCACAGGGCCACUUUGAGCCCUGGGGGCUGGGGAGGGGGGCUGGGAAGCAGAAAGCAAGGAGAAAGUUCUUCUGUGUCCCAGCCCCCUGCUCCUUUGUCACCCAGUUGCCUUUAAACCAAAUUCGAACCAGCCAAUCCCCAGGUAGAGGGGAGGCUGGUACAUCCUUUGUUAGAGGGGGACGGACUUCUUUUCCUCUCUUUUUUUCAAGGUGUACUGUUGUUUUUGAGGCCCUUCCUCAGCUCUGGGGGUGGGGGUUACAACUCACAUUCCUUAUUCUUCAGAAUUUGGCCCCAGCUGUUUGCCUCUGACCCCCUGACCUCCAGAGCCAGGGUCGUGCCUUUACUGUGCCACCUGUGGGCCUCAUUCUGCCAAAGAUGGACCAAGGCUCACCUUUCUAGGCUCCCUAACUUGGGCCAGAAACCAAAGCUGAGCUUUUACUUUUUUCCCUCCAAAGACACAAAUGAAUUGAGUGUAAGAGGGUACAUAUGACCCCUGCCCUACCUCUGCCAAAAAGGAGGAGCCACACUGGGACUGUUCAGCCGGUCUACAUGUCACUUCUCUGCCAGCUCUCUCUAGUCACAGGUCCAAGAUCUUACUGCCUCCUUUCUCUGGCCUCUUUCCCUAGGCUAGCUGGUUUGGAAUAGAAUGGCAACUAGUUCUAAUUUUUAUUUAUUAAACAUUCGGUGUUUUGGUUUUCAAGCCAGAAUUACAGCUAGCACCUGGCAUUUGAGCAGAGGGACCACUUCAGACCAAAAUGUACUGUUAAUGGUGUUUUGUUUUUUUUUUUUAAUUAAAAUAUAUUAAAGAUGAAAACAUGGCAACAAGUGUCUGAGACUAGCAGGAACUGCGAAGGGGGAUCAACUAAAUAAACUAAGGUAGUCUUCCUCA